GCGAGUCAGCUCGUCCACACGACGCCGUCGUCCUCCCCGGCUGUCGGCACCGCCGCCUCCCAUGCCGUCGCCAUGUUGACGCUGUCGGUGUCCAGGUCGCCGGCGUCGGUGCCGCGGGGUGACUCGACGCCGCCAUGCCACCGCCAGCGGGGUGCGGGCGCCGCCGCCGCGGACCUGACCUGACUCCCUCCACCGGAUGAUCCGCCACCCCCGGGGCGGAGGCGGAGAGGGAGACUGAGGUCGUGUCUGGGAGGCAGCCCAGGCCCGGGACUGGGGCUUGGCGAGGCGGCGGCCGCGGUGCGGGCUAACACUUGCUGACACUCCGGCCCGGAGCCCCGGCAGCCCCGGCAGCCCCGGCAACAGCAUGGCCCGAGCUUCCAUCUCCGAAGACAGGCAGAGGCUGCCGGACGACGUCGCCACCAAGACGCCACUGGUGUGCUUCCGGCGGCUCCAAGAUGGCGUGCCGGCGCGGGUCGUGCUGUACAUGCUGUCCUUCACCGGCUUCCUGGUGUCCUUCAUGAUGCGCACGGACAUCAACAUCGCCAUGGUCGCCAUGGUGAGGACGCCGCCGCAGGACCUCGACGUCGUGGACGCCAACGGCACCGUCGGCCCGUCCGCCAGCGGCGCGUCCGAGCCGCGGUACUGCUAUGCCAAGCGGGACACGACGGACGCCGCCACGCCCUCGCCGGGCGAGGAGGGCGAGUUCGACUGGGACGCGCGCACGCAGUCCGCCAUCCUGGGGUCGUUCUACUGGUGCUACGUGCUGUCCCAGGUGAUGGGCGGGCUGCUGACGCAGCGCUUCGGCACCAAGGUGGUGUUCGGCCUGUCGCAGCUCGCCACGGCCUCCUGCUCCCUGCUCAUCCCCGUGGCCGCCGAGGUGCACUUCUCGCUGCUCAUCGCGCUGCGCUCCGUGCAGGGCGUGGCCUCGGGCUUGACGUGGCCGGCCAUGUACGCGGCGGUGGGGCCGUGGAUCCCGGCCUCGGAGAGGAGCAGGUUCAUGUCGUCGUUUCAAGGCUUCAGCUUCGGCAUCGGGCUGACGUACCCGCUGUGCGGCUUCAUCAUCGCGCACUUCGGCUGGCGCGUCGUGUUCUACGUGACGGGCAGCCUCGGCAUGCUGUGGUGCGUCUUCUGGUGGCUGCUGGCCUUUGACUCGCCGGGGCAGCACCCGCGCAUCACGCCCAGCGAGCUGCGCUACAUCCAGAGCAACGUGGCCGACACCAUCAUCGAGGGCAAGGGUAUGCGCGUGCCCUGGAGGAAGAUUAUGACGUCACCGCCGGCCUGGGCCAUCGGCAUCACCACCUUCGGCCGCAUCUGGAUCCACUACGUGUUCAUCAUCCCCGGCCCCAUGUACAUGAAGACUGUGUUAGGCUUUAGCAUUCAGGCGAACGGCCUGCUGAGCGGCGUCCCGUUCUUACUAAGCUACCUCUCGUCGGUGGUGUUCUGCUACAUCGCCGACAGACUCGUCACGAGGAACGUCCUCAGCCUCACCAACACGCGCAAGCUCAUGACCGCCAUAUCCCAAGUAGUGCCUGGCUUCCUGGUGCUCGCCAUCGGCUACCUGGGCUGCCACAUCGGGCUGGUGCUCGUCAUCUGGUUCCUGGCCGUCACCCUCGUCACCGCCUCCUACGCCGGGGCCAUGGCCAGCGUCGUCGACAUCGCCCCCAACUUCGCAGGCCCCGUCCUGGCAUUUGCCCAAACUAUACACAUGACUGCAAGCUUCCUGUCUCCCUUAGUAGCGGGUUUCAUCACCCAAGAAAGCCAAUCAUUGGAGCAGUGGAGGAAGGUUUUCGGCGUGUCGGCUGCAGUGGCCAUUGUCACCUACACCGUGUUCCAAGUGUUCGGGACUGCUGACAUCCAGGAGUGGAACUACCCUGACAGUAUUGCCCCUAGCGAAACGGAGUCCCCGAGCGAGCCCCUCAAGAGACGAUCGUCCAACAGUCGGGAGGGAAGUGACAACUUCGCUGAUGCCUGAUUUGGAUCUUUUUGGCGUUUCAUUUAUUUCAAGUUUAAACCUAUUAUGUAUUUAGCAUUUUCAUAACUUCUUGAUAUGUAAUUUGCAUUUAUUUUUAUUACUAUAUUGUAGUUUUUAAUCAUUCCUAGAGAGAAUAGUAAAACAAUAUACAUGAUGUGUGAGGGCUGAAAGAGCGGUAUGAUGACAGUAGGUGGUGUGCAGUCUGACCCAGUUUACAAUGGUAAUCUUAUCUGCCAUAGUGGCAGUUUUGUGAGCAAUUUUCUUCCCGUCAAGCUUUUUUUUCAUAAACAGCGUGUGUACUAAAAAUGUUCAGGGCAACGACACGACGCCACUUACUGACAUGUUCCGCCAACUGACAUUUUGAAGAAACUAUAAAUGGAGUUAAUACAGGGUCCUGGCAUUGAGGCGGCCUUUGUAGCGUCUUUUCCUAUUGUGAAAAUAAUGUUCAUGUAGUUUAAGAGACUGAUUGGUAGACCUCUUGAUAUAUUUCUAAAUCUAGUACAUUUCUAUGGUGUCGACCAAAACCUCGUGACCCUCGUUAUUUUAUAGCCCAGUAGUUAACGUCAGAUUAAAAGUGUGCUGGCUCGCACAAGAAAUAAACAUAUUGCAGCAGUUAGUUUCCGAGUCGUGUUAAAAUUGCCAAUUUGAGUAAGAGUGUGUGUCGCGCCUAGUGUAGGCAACCCAUUCAACAUCAGAGCAAACAUGAGCAGAUUAUAUCGGAAGGGAAAGUGAUUGAAAACAACUUGUAAUUA